UUGAUUUCGCAAAUAUCAGGCGUUGUUUCAGUCUGGCGUCGGGGCGGUGUGUUCCCAGGCUCUGGGAAGGUCUUCUGGUGUCUACAUAUAGGAUUUGUUUCUGGCUCUGCAGACGUGAAGGAUCUCUCCCUGUGGAAGGCUCUUCAGGUAGGCCCCUAUACUCUGAAGACUCGAAGAUCCUCCUAAUUGUGUUCUUCCUUAUCCUGAUCAUAACGAAGAAAGCCCAAGCCCUAAGUGAAGCAGUAGAAGGAAAUAUGGAAUUUGCUACAAGUGUCUUCAAGGAUACGACCUCUGUGUCUUCCCAAGACGAGGCUCCCCUAGACAAAAAUGUUUUUUCCUCCCCUGUAGGCAUUUCAUCUGCUCUUUACAAAUGGGAAAUCUUGGAAAGUUUGACCCCAAACAACGAUCCAGAAAAUAAAGUCCAUCCGCUCUAUUCCAAUCAAUCCCAGGGGUGGAAUGAACCACAGAGCAAAAGUGGAAAUGCGAUCUUUAUUGACAACUCCCUGACCUUGCAUAAGAACUUUCAAGGUGAUGAACAAAACGACGGCCAUGACAAAAUGAUGAAGGUCGACUUCCGUCACCCAAAAGGAGCUGAAAAGGAAAUAAAUGAUUAUGUGAAGAGUAAGACUGAAGGCGAAAUUAAGGAUGUUGUCAAGGAUCUUUCCAAAGACACAAAGAUGGUCCUGAUCAACUAUGUUCUGUUUAAGGGGAAAUGGAAGGAACCUUUUCAUCCAGGUAAUACAAAAGUUGAGAAGUUCUUCGUUGAUGAGAAGACAGCGGUGGAUGUUCCAAUGAUGAAUCUCACGGGGCGCUUCAACAUUUGCCAUGCCACGGAUCUCCCUUGUACAGUGGUGGAGCUUCCGUACAAGGAUGACGCAUCCGUGAUUAUCGUCAUGGCCGAGCGGCGCAAGAUCAACGAGGUAGAGCGAGGAAUGUCCGCUGAGACCGUACAACGGUGGAAGACAUUGUCCACGGAAAUGUCCAUACAACUUUCCAUUCCUAAAUUUUCUAUUAAUUCAACUAUAGACGCCGCUGACUACUCAGGGAUUACUUGCAAUGUCAACCUCAAACUGGGAAAAGUUCAUCACAGAGUUAAGAUAACUGUAGAUGAGGAGGGGACAGCGGCGGCUGGGACUGCGGUGUUGAAGGACAUUCCUACCGAGGCUCAGUGCAAAGCCAAGAUAAAUGUGGAUGAGAAGAAGACGGAGGCCGGCGAGGACCAUGUAUUGGAGGCCGUUCCAAUGAAACCUUCUCCCCCGCUUGUUUUUAAUCGUCCGUUCUUACUUAGUAUUUUUGACCAGAAAAUGGAUACUAUUCUCUUCAAGGGUAAAGUUGUAAACCCCAAGAAAUAAUAAUAAUUCUCAGCACACGUCACUGUUGUGCCUUCAAUAAAGAUUAUUCUUCAUUCUCA